AUGAGCACACAGAGCAUCAUCGCUGUGAAGCAAUUCACUGGCCCUGCCAGAACGGCUCACACAUGCACUGCUCCCCAGCCUUCAGCUCACCAGCUGCUCAGUGCCAAAUACGAUAACUGUGGUGCAUCUCAAGCUGAAUUAUCGGAUCCGAUAUCACCAUCUAGUUCUUCCACAUUCUGCACAAGCAUGUACUCAUCGUCGUUGUUGACGAAUUCCAAGUCGUGCCGGCAAGCAGACGCUCUGCCUUUCCUGCCCCAUCCUCCUAAAAGUGAGCAGCAGCAAACAUCAGGUGGUCAGUCAUCCAGCUCUUCAUCGCUGCUCUUUGGUACUGACCUCAACAAUGGUGGUCAACGUGAGGCUGAACAUUCAGCUGAUCUCAAGGACUUUCUUAACCUUUCUGGAGAUGCUUCAGAAGACAGUUUCCACGAGGCAACUCCUAAGGGUGUGUUGAAGCUUAUGAAAGUAGAAGGCUUGACCAUCUAUCAUGUGAAGAGCCAUUUGCAGAAAUAUCGUUUUGCCAAGUAUCUUCCAGAGACAAAAGAAGACAUGAAGUCCUCUUCAGAAGACAAGAUACCUAAAUCAGAAAUACCAGGAAACAAUGCUGGCAUAAAGACGAGUUUACAACUAGCAGAAGCUCUUCGGAUGCAAAUGGAGGUUCAGAAACAACUUCAUGAACAAUUAGAGGUGCAAAGGCAGCUACAGGUGCGCAUAGAAGAACAUGCAAAGUAUUUGCAGAAGAUAUUAGAACAACAGAAGGCAAGGAAUUCCUUAUCAGCUAUGACAAGUUCAAUAGAAAGAGAGCCUUCUGAAUCUACAGAGGAAGAGAAACCCGAGACGCAAGCGGACAACUUCUUCAGCUCCAUUGCCAAAUUAAAAAGAAAUCAGAUACUGACAUGGAAUGACUCACAAGUCACAAGUGAAUAA